UGGCAGCAGUGCGCAUGACAUGCGUCAAGCGGGCCUAAAAUGUAACGAGAAGAAGAAGAGAAACUUUUUACCGGAAGAUAGUUCUGGCUAGCUGCGGCUCACGGUCUUCCCAGAGAGAUGCAGGGUGCCGGAGGCGGCGCCGGUCAGUCUCAUCCUCUGUUCGGAGGAGCUCUGUCGGCCGUCCUCCCUCACAGCGCCAAAGACACCAGCGAGCUGAGGGAGAUCCCGGACAACCAGGAGGUGUUUGCCCACGAACACACCGACCAGAGCCUGAUCGUGGAGCUGGUGGAGUACCAGGAUCAGGUGGCGGACCGAGACGCUGCCAGGUAUCACUUUGAAGACAUCGCAGGCAGCAACAAAGCUUUGGAGCCAGGUGCUUUCGAAGUGACCGGUGUCGCCCCUCUGUCCAAAUCCGAGCUUUCCCUGUCGGACUGCAGCUCUGCCUGGAUGCUGACUGGAACACAGCGUGUAUCCAAAUUCAACGAGGAAGCGAGGAAUACAGUGACCCUUCACCUGGGUCUGUUCCGUCUGCCACAGUUCUCCACAGAUGUCCUGAUAUCCUUCAACGACCCGCAGAGGAUCAGCCCCGAGAGCAGCAGUGCUGCCUCAGCGGAGACACACAGAGAGCCAUGGACGGUGCAGGACUUCCAGCGCGUGUUGCAGACUCUGACCCUGCACGACCCAGGCCUGUUUGGGUAGAACAACUGCGACUGUGUUUUGCUGGGGCCCCCACAAGAAUCAGCAGCAUGCGUCCCAACUUAAACGUUUUGGAAGCAGUUCCUUCGAGCGGGGGCCCUGUCGCAUGCCAUGACACACAUAAUCUGUUCUGCCUUUUAAUGUUGACUUUGUUCAACCUUGUUGUCUCUGACUUUUAAAAUAAAAACCAAACAUUUCAUGAUAUGAUGAUAGUUGUGUCGUAAUAAAUGUGUGUGGAUGGAA